AUCCCGAAAUAUAUUUAAGGAAAUUCUCUCCUCUUUCGGGUCUUGCACUAGUAGAGAAACUAGUUACGUGGUACACCGUACUGGGUUUUAUUAUUAGUAUUUUUUUUAAUCGAUGCGAGUAAAAAAAAAUGGCUCCACUUUCAUAGCUGACUCUGCGCUGACUCGUAUCUUCUUGUUAUUCAUUUCUUUUCUCCUCGGAAGUUGGGCCUUUAAGCUAGAAAUUUCAGAUCAUCAAUACACUCAAUCUUCGAACAUUUCAGCCUUCAGCAGUUGGAUUCAGUCCCGGAGAGAUUCCAGUGAUGGCAAUCCCGAUUCCCAGUCGUCUUCUUUUCAUUGACGGUGAAUGGAGAGAACCCGUGAAGAAGAAUCGCUACCCCAUCAUCAACCCUGCUACCGAAGAAAUUAUUGGUGAUAUCCCAGCUGCCACAGCUGAAGAUGUAGAUGCUGCCGUGGAAGCAGCAAGGACCGCUCUAUCUAGGAAUGGAGGAAAAGACUGGGGGACAGCCUCGGGGGCGUAUCGUGCCAAGUUUCUCCGUGCAAUUGCUGCGAAGGUUGUUAAGUUACAAUUUUUUGAUUUGAAUACUCCUAUGAUUAAGCCUAUCAAAACGUAUGUCUUUGUAUGUCUGGUGUUUAUCCCCAAUAUUAGUUCGUUGUGAAUUCUAAAAAUUUGAAAUUUAUGUUCAAUAUUUUAACCUAGUUCCUACCGAAGAACGUGGAGGCUACCAUUUGCUUUUGACCUUAAAACUAGUUUCCUGCGUGAUCAUGUGCCGAACUUUUCUCCUCUGCUGAUCCUGAUUUAUGAUUUAUGAUUUUUGGCUGAAAACGUUGAUGUCAAUCUGUUGGAUGUUCCAUUUUAGGCGACAAUCUAAUCAAGAUUUUAUAGGAGUCAAAACAACAUUCUGCCAAUGCAUACAGCCGUGUGAUGUAGUGUUCAUUUCCCAUCACUGGUUCGUUACGAAAUGCAGUAAUCAAUUCUCAGGCUUGUGUACAAAUUUUCAAGCAGCUCUGGCAUUUUUGGUCUAUUUUUAAUCAUUGGGCCACUGUGGCUGCUCAUUCAAGAUCGGAUGUCACUAUAUCCCUCUUUCAUAUGCUAACAGUUAAUAUGUAUUAGUCGUUUCUUUUCAACUGCGUAGAUGACUAAUAGAUUUUCUUUCUUAAUUCUUGUAAUUCAGAUUACUGAACGCAAAUCUGAGCUUGCAAAGCUUGAGGCCCUUGAUUGUGGAAAGCCCUUGGAAGAAGCAGCUUGGGACAUAGAUGAUGUUGCAGGGUGCUUUGAGUAUAAUGCAGACCUUGCCGAAGCUUUAGAUUCAAGACAAAAGGCUCCUAUUUCUCUGCCUAUGGACACAUUUAAGGCUUAUCUAUUGAUGGAACCCAUUGGGGUGGUUGGGCUGAUUACACCAUGGAAUUACCCUCUACUGAUGGCUGCUUGGAAAGUUGCUCCUGCUCUUGCUGCUGGCUGUACUGCAAUUCUCAAGCCUUCAGAGUUAUGUUCAGUAACCUGCUUGGAAUUGGCUGACAUCUGCAAGGAGGUCGGUCUUCCUCGUGGUGUAUUGAACAUUCUCACUGGCUUGGGGACAGAAGCUGGUGCUGCGUUGGCGUCCCAUCCCCAUGUUGAUAAGAUAGCAUUCACUGGAAGUAGUGCCACGGGUAGCAAAAUAAUGUUGGCAGCUGCUCAGCUUGUUAAGCCUGUUACACUUGAGUUGGGUGGAAAAAGUCCAAUUGUUGUUUUCGAGGAUGUUGACCUGGAUAAAGCUGUUGAGUGGACUUUGUUCGGCUGCUUUUGGACAAAUGGCCAGAUUUGCAGCGCCACUUCCCGUCUUAUAGUUCAUGAAAGUAUUGCACCAGAAUUUCUGGAAAAGAUGGUGAAGUGGUGUCAAAAUAUCAAAAUUUCAGACCCACUAGAAGAAGGUUGCAGGCUUGGUCCAGUUGUAAGUGGUGGACAGUAUGAGAAGAUAAUGAACUUCAUCUCCACUGCUAAGAAGGAAGGAGCUACCAUUUUAUACGGUGGCGAACGUCCCAAGAAUUUACAAAAAGGAUAUUUUGUACAACCAACCAUCAUCACUGAUGUAAAACAAUCUAUGCAAAUCUGGAGAGAGGAGGUAUUCGGACCUGUUCUAUGCGUUAAAACAUUUUUGACUGAGGAAGAAGCCAUUGAAUUAGCAAAUGAUACCCAUUAUGGUCUGGGCGCUGCUGUAUUAUCAGAUGAUUUGGAAAGAUGUGAUCGUUUGGCAAAGGCCUUCCAGUCUGGGAUUGUUUGGAUAAAUUGUUCCCAGCCAUGCUUCUGCCAAGCUCCUUGGGGUGGCAAAAAGCGGAGUGGUUUUGGUCGUGAAUUAGGCGAACGGGGGCUGGACAACUACUUGAAUGUAAAGCAAGUCACACAGUAUGUCUCAAGCGAUCCAUGGGGCUGGUACAAGUCUCCUUCCAAGUUGUGAAUCUAGGAACAUUACUGCACAACUUCUACCUAAAGGUUGUAGGAGGGAGUACAAAUCUGGGAAACAAACGAAGGGGGAGUGAGAGCAAAUUAAAGAGUUUUUCCAAGAAAUUUUGAUACAGUAAAAUGAGGAAAUUAGAUUCGGGAUUUGAAUGCAAUAUAGAAGGAAGGGGGGAGGGAAUUUUGCUGACGCAUUGAAGCGAAGCCACGUAACUUGAAGAAGCAGCGAUUAAUUUUUCAUUCAUAACGCACGAUCGGAAUUUCUACGAAACCGAAAGAAGCGCAAGGGGAAAAAAAACCGACACCAUCCAAUCAGCGUAAAACACGCAUAAAAAAGGUACUGAUAACAGUAAGUAUACUGUGCCAUUCGAGCCUUUUAUAUAUGUAGAUGUAGAUGUAAAUGUGAAAUAAAACAAUUUAAGGAUUUCAUUUAGAACAUAAUAAUGUAUAUAUUAAAACAAAGUUUAUAAUUUGUCAAAAGUCAACAAAUUAGAAAAAUUGACCACAUGGUUAAUUUAUAUUGGCCACAGUGACAACAAAAUAGAAGACCAACCAGGC